AUGAGAAGUCGACUCUUGACACUCUCAAGAGUAAGGCUCGAGCUUGGGAGAAGAACCAGAACAAUGUCUGCAACAUCCGUACCUUCAAUGGCGGAAUUUCUCACCAAAAAUCCUUACUCUCCUCCUUCUUGGGCUUCUCAUCUUCGUCCGAUUCCUUCCCACACUUUCUCCCUCGCCCACCUUCCUACUCCGAUCCAUCGAUGGAAUCUUCCUGGUCUUCCUAAUGGCACUGAGCUAUGGAUCAAGCGGGAUGACUUCACGGGGAUGGAAUUGAGCGGAAACAAAGUCCGAAAACUCGAAUUCCUUUUGGCCGACGCCGUCGAUCAACAAGCCGACACCGUCAUCACCAUCGGCGGCAUCCAGAGCAAUCACUGCCGUGCCACAACCGUCGCAUCUAACUAUCUCAAUCUCAAUACUCAUCUUAUCCUCCGCACCUCCAAGCUUCUUGCUGACGAAGAUCCUGGGUUGGUUGGGAAUCUCCUUGUGGAGCGUCUCGUUGGAGCUAAUGUUCAUCUCAUCUCCAAGGAAGAGUAUUCCUCCAUUGGGAGUGAGGCUCUUACUAAUGCACUGAAAGAGAAGCUGGAGAAGGAAGGUAAAAAGCCUUAUGUGAUUCCUGUUGGUGGAUCAAACUCUUUGGGAACUUGGGGUUAUAUCGAAGCAGCAAGGGAAAUUGAGGAGCAGCUAAAAAGUAGAAAUGAUGGCUUAAAGUUUGAUGAUAUUGUAGUAGCAUGUGGCAGUGGUGGUACAAUUGCUGGUAUCUCAUUGGGGUCUUGGUUGGGUGCUCUAAAAGCCAAGGUUCAUGCUUUCUCGGUUUGCGAUGAUCCUGAUUACUUCCAUGACUUUGUACAAGGCCUUCUCGAUGGGCUUCAAGCUGGUGUAAACUCUCGUGAUAUCAUUAACAUCCACAAUGCCAAAGGAAAAGGAUAUGCGAUGAACACUUCAGAGGAGCUUAAGUUUGUAAGGGAAGUAGCAAGCGCAACGAGUGUUAUUCUUGAUCCUGUUUACAGUGGGAAAGCUGCGUACUGUUUGAUAAAUGAGAUGAAGAAAGAUCCCAAAAGUUGGGAAGGAAGAAAGAUAUUGUUCAUACACACUGGUGGGCUUCUUGGGCUGUAUGAUAAGGUUGAUCAAAUGGGUUCUCUGAUGGGUAAUUGGAACCGAAUGGAUGUUCAAGAAUCCGUCCCAAGAAAAGAUGGUGUUGGAAAAAUGUUCUAA